AUGCGACCGGGUACGACGUUGUGCGGCAUCGCCGCGGUCCUACUCUGCGCCCUCGGAUGCUGCGCCUCGGGUCAAAAGUCGGAGCCGGGGAUGGUGUUCACGAGGCACCCCCAGCCGCUCACCGCACCCCUGGGAGACGACGUGGAGUUCGAGUGUAGCUUGAACCUGGCGGCGGAGAAGUUUGCCUGGCGGCACAGGCCCCUUGGCUCCAGCGAGUGGAAGCUCCUCGACUCGGGCGGGAGCUUGGCCGGCGGCAAGACCUCCAGCCACUUUGUAUCCUUCAACGACGAGAGCAAAGCCGGCGACUACCGGUGCGUCGCCUUCUACGGUACGAGCGGAUUGGCCUCCGACCCGGCGCGGCUCACCCGGGCCCGGAUAGACAAGUUCGGGGACCGCGGCGACGUGUACCUGAGGGUCCCGGCGGGCAACAGCGUGCCCAUAAGCUGCCCGGCGCCCAACUCGGUGCCCGAGCCCGUCAUACAGUUCUUCAAGGACGGCAGCCCGAUCGGUAACGCGAGCAGCCCGGGCAGCCGGCUCAUGGUGAUCGAGCGCGCCCGGCCCACCGACUCGGGCAGUUACCACUGCCAGGCGAACAAUUACCUGACCUUCGAGACCCACGCGAGCAACCACAGGACCGUGCUUAGCGUCGACAAGGGCAACGCGACCGAGCUCGCGCCCUACUUUGUCAGGCAGCCCCAGCGCGAGUACGUCGUCCAGCGCGGCAAGAACGUCACGCUCGAGUGCUUCGCCGCGGGCUACCCGGUGCCCCAGGUGACGUGGACGAAGCUGGGCAGUCCGUUGCCCUCGAGGUCGAGCUCGUCGGCGGCGGGCCUUGGGCUGUCGAGCGUGCAGCCCUCGGAUCGGGGCGAGUACGACUGCGUGUGGACGAACCGAGCGGGCCGGCUCAAGUCCGCCAUCAUCCUGACGGUCGUCGAGCCGCCCGCGGUCCUCAAGCCCCCGAAGCUCUCGACCUUCCUCGAGGGUGGCGAGCUCGAGUUGUCGUGCAACGCGACCGGCUAUCCCCCGCCCCACCUCGAGUGGCUCAUCAACGGCGAGAGCCUCGCGCCCAGCCGGAACCUACAGAUACGGGGCUCGAGCUUGUACAUAUCCCCCGUCGAGAAGAGACACGCGGGCAUCGUCCAGUGCGUCGCCAGCAACGAGUACGGCUCCCACUCGGGCUACAAUUACCUCAGGGUCAGUCCCAAGCAGCACGUCAGUGGCGCCGGUGGAUCCUAUUCCUCCUCCUCCAACUCCAGGUCCCGGAACGACUACACCGUGUCCAACAACGGGCGGAAGCACACGCGCGUGGGGGGCAGGCGGCGGGGCAAGAACGGCAAGAAGAAGGACACGGACGUCAUGGUGCCCCCGAACCAGCCGAACGUCACGAGGCUGUCGGACGUGUCGGUGAUGGUGAGGUGGUCGGUGCCGGACAACCCGGGCCUGCCGAUCCUCUUCUUCAAGGUGCAGUACCGGGAACUCGGCCAAAAGCCCAACAGCAAGCAAGCCAAGUGGAUGACCGCCAACACCGAGAUCCCGAGCCACGUGCGCUCCUUCGAGGUUGGCGAGCUGCAGCCCGAGCACACGUACAGGUUCCGCAUAGCGGCCGUCUACUCCAACAACGACAACGCCGUCAGUCCGAUAUCGGUACGGUUCCACUUGACGCGGAAGAACGGCUUCGAGAGCAACAGCAUGCCGAUACCCCUGCUCACGCACACGGAGGCCCUCGGGCCGAACGAGGUGCUGCUGCUGUGGCAGAACACGAAUCGCUCGGCCGAGAUCGACGGGUUCUACGUGUACCACCGGGCGUCCUCGUUCGCCGGGGACUACAUGAAGACGACGGUCGAGGGCAAGGACGCCGACAACAUAACGAUCGCCCACCUACAGCCGGACACGAGCUACGAGUUCAAGGUGCAGAGUUUCUCGGUGGGCGCGGCGUCCGAGUUCUCCCAGAUCCUCAACCAGAAGACGCUCAAGCCCGCGACCGAGGCCCCGGUCUCGCAGGUCAUGGCUGAGAACGAGCGGCCCGUCAAUACCCUCGAGAGCGCCCGGAGCACCAACAUCUACGCCAUCGUCGGUGGUAUCUUCGGGGGCGUGGUGCUAUUGGGGGGUCUCACCGGCAUCGGCGUCGCCUACCAGAGGAGCAGGCGCAAGGAGAGCCGUGAGUCCUCCCAGGAUCAGGGCAAACCAAUAACAAACGGGAGGGUAAUGAACGGCGGGAUAACAGACUCGAAGAUAAACAUAACGUCGAAUCCGUUGGCCGGGCUCGAGUCGAGCGAGGACCCGAUGCAGCCUAAGAGCGGACAACAGUCGCCUAUGGAAAUGGCCUCGUUUCUUAACGGGCAGAACAACAACAACAACGGCAGCAGCAGCAACAGCAACGGCACCGGUACUCCCACCGCCGGCAUCAUCGCGCCAACCUGCACGGCGACCGGCCAACAACAACAACAACAACAACACCUGCAGAAUCUGCACCACCAGGAGGCGAGCUCCGGGGCCGCCUUCGCCGUAACCACUGCACCGGAGCCGCUCCCCCCUGCCGUUGCUCCCCCACCGCCGCCCCUUCCCCCUCAUCACAAUCACCAUCAUCACCACAACCACAACAAUCACGAGCAUCAUCGACACAACCUGCACCAUCAUCACCACCACCACCACCAUCACGCCCCAUCUCUGCUGCUGCUGCAAGCUGCUCUACCGAUCGACCAGACUACUCGCUGA